UCCCCAGCUUCCUGGAGCCCCAGACAGCCCAGCCCACAGUGUCUUUGCUCUGUGAGAAAGCAGGCAUGGAAUGCCUGAGAUCCCUGGCGGUCCUUGGCAAGUGAUGGACAAAACCUGCUGGUACUAAGAAGCUCCCCAGGCCUGGCCGCUGACCUGAGGCCUGGCCACGUGCAGUGGAUCGUUCCACCUUCCCUAGACCUGCUGCAGCUCCACCUCACCAACCGGAACGUCUGCUAACAUGGCCUGGAGGCUGUUGCUCCUCUCUAUCGUGGCCCACUCAGGAUGCUGUACUCUCUGGGUAUCCCAACCCAGUGAGGUUCAGUCCCAAGAGGGCACCACUGCCAUCCUGCCCUGCAGCUUCAAUGCCACCCCCGGGAAACUGGCCAUCGGCUCCGUCACGUGGUACCGAGAUAAGGCGAUUCCAGGGAAGGAAAUGAAGAAUGAAUCCCCUGAGUUCAGGGGCCGCCUGGGCCCUCUUGCCACUUCCCGGUUCUCCUAUGACCACCAGGCUGAGCUCUACAUAUUGAACCUGCAAGGCCAUGACACCGGUGUCUACGUGUGUAGGGUGGAGGUGUUGGGCCUGGGUGUUGGUACAGGGAACGGGACUUGGCUGGUGGUGGAGAAAGGUGAGGCAGUGAAGAACCCCAAGGCCCAGCAUCCCACGGAGUCAGGAGCCCUCCUUUACCAAGCCCCUUCUCUCCAAGGUCCAGACCCUUCUCAGUACCAGGCCAGCAUGGGCCUACUCCUCCUCCGUGCUGCAUUGUAUGCCUUCAGCUUUCUCCUUGUCGCCAUGGGCAGCACAUUCUACUACCAGAGGAAAUGCCACUGUCCCCUGGGAACACCGUGCUGCUCUUGGAUGGUCUCUGAGGAGUGACUCUAGACACCGCACUGCUCCCUGGCCUCAGGCUUCUUCAAGAGGCCCCAAUAAAUUUGUCUCUGGCCUGUCA